AGUCAUCUACCAGCUGCCAUACUCAGUGAAGAUGGUUGAUCCUAGUUUGGAAAAUAUGGCUCUGAAAAGACUCCAGAAUGAGUCUCUUGCCUUCUGUCAAGAUCCUCCAGCUCAGUGUUCUGCAGGGCCAGUGGCAGAAAAUAUGUUUCAUUGGCAAACGGCCAUAAUGGGGCCCGAAGACAGCCCCUACCAGGGAGGAGUUUUUUUCCUGUCCAUCCACUUUCCGACCAAUUACCCCUUUAAGCCACCCAAAGUUUCGUUUAUAACCCGAAUUUUCCAUCCAAACAUUAACAAACAUGGAAGCAUCUGUCUAGAUAUCUUGAAUUCUGCAUGGUCACCUGCACUUACGAUUUCCAAAGUUUUACUUUCCAUCUGCUCUCUAUUAUGCGAUCCAAACCCAGAUGACCCUCUGGUUCCUGAAAUUACAAAGAUAUACCACGAGGAUUUAAACAGGUUUAUUAGAUUGGCUCGAGCGUGGAGCAAGAGAUAUGCAAUGUAAUUUUAACAUAUAACCAUUAUAAUAAUAAAAACCGGUGAUUCACUUUA